GGCCAUGGCGGCGGGCGGCGUGGAGGAGCAGCGGCGGCGGCUGGGCCGGCUCUCGGCGCUCUCGGUGUACCGCCGGGCGGCGGGGGCCGGGCGGCUGGAGCGGCGCCGCCGCGGGACGCCGCUGCCGGCGGGAGGCAAGCGGGCCAAGGCGCGGCCGAGGCGCGGCGGGGCGGCAAGCGGCGGCCGGCAGCCGGAGGCCCCGCCGCCGAUCGCCGCCCCCCCCGGCCGCGUGGAGCGGGCCGAGGCGCGGCCGAGGGGCGGCGGGGCGGGAGGCGGGGAGGCCCCCCGGCCGCCGAUCGCCGCCGGUAUCCCCGAAGCGAAGCGGCAGGGCGGCCCCGAGGCGCGGUCGAGGGGCGGCGGAACGGGAGGCGGGAAGGCCCCCCCGCCGCCGAUCGCCGCCGGUAUCCCCGAAGCGAAGCGGCAGGGCGGCCCCGCGGCGGGCCCGGGCGGCCCGCGGCCGGCGGGAGAGGACGGCGGCGUGGUGGGGCUGCUGCGGCGGCUGGGGCGGCUGGAGGACAGCCGGCAGCGGGGGGCCGAGCUCUUCCGAUGGCUGGUGUCGCCGGUGUCACCGGGGGAGUUCCUGGGGCGGCACUGGGAGCGGGCGCCGCUGCUGCUGCGGCGGGGCGACCCCGGCUACUACGCGGGGCUCUUCUCCACCGCCGACUUCGACGCCGUCCUGCGAGGCGGCCAGGUGGACUUCGGGACCCACCUGGACGUGACCAGCUACGCCGAGGGGGUGCGGGAGACCCACAACCCGUCCGGCCGGGCCCUGCCCGCCGUCGUCUGGGACUUCUAUCAGAACGGCUGCUCCCUGCGGCUCCUCAGCCCCCAGACCUUCUCCCCCACCGUCUGGCACUUCCUCUCCAUCCUGCAGGAGCACUUCGGCAGCAUGGCGGGGGCCAACACGUACCUCACACCACCAGGGACACAGGGCUUUGCCCCCCACUACGAUGACAUCGAGGCCUUCGUGCUGCAGCUGGAGGGGAAGAAGCACUGGCGGGUCUACAGCCCCCGGACGGGCGCCGAGGUGCUGCCCCAGUUCUCCAGCGCAAACCUCACGCAGGCUGAGCUCGGGGAGCCCAUGCUGGAGACAGUGCUGGAGGCCGGGGACCUGCUGUACUUCCCCCGUGGCUUUAUCCACCAGGGCGACUGUCUCCCUGACGCGCACUCGCUCCACAUCACAGUGUCUUCCUACCAGAGGAACUCCUGGGGGGACCUCCUGGAGAAGCUCCUCCCAGCUGCCCUGCAGAUGGCCCUGGAGGAGGACGUGGAGUACCGGCAAGGGCUUCCCAUGGACUACCUGGGGUACAUGGGGGUCGCCAACUCGGACACAGCCGACGCUCGCCGAACGGCCUUUAUGGAGAAGGUGCAGAGCCUGAUAAAGAAACUCAUUCGCUAUGCACCCAUUGAUGCUGCCGUGGAUCAGAGAGCCAAGUCGUUUCUUCAUGACUGUCUCCCCCCGGUGCUCACACAAAGUGAAAAGGCACAGAGUGUGUAUGGUUUCCCAGCCCGGUGGCAAGAUGGAGGCCCCCGCGAUGUCGAUAUACUGAUAACAAAAGACACAGAAGUACGUCUCCUCCGCCAUGGCAUUGUAAGAUUGUGUAAUGAAGAAGCAGGUGUGAUGCUGUAUUACACGACAGAAAACUCAAGAGUAUACCACAAGGAAGAACCCAAGUUCCUUGAGAUAGAUCCUGAGUAUACAGACAGUAUCGAAUUUCUCCUGUCUUCCUAUCCAAAUCACGUCAGUGUGGAUAGCCUUCCAUGUGAAACUUUGGAGGACAAGAUUUCUCUAGCCACGCUCCUGUUUGAGAAGGGCAUUCUGACUACGAAGAAGCCCCUGCUGCAAGUGCAGCUCUAGUUUUUUAACAAAAUAAACAUACA